CGCGGUACCGAUGGGUGGUCCAAGCGUUUCUCCACCAGAAAAUUUCAAUCUACUGUCGGGGCGAUGUCUUUGAGGUUUACUUCGACUUUGAGCUAUUCGAUCCGUUCGUUUGCCUUGGGUACAGUCAGGCAUUCGGCGUCCUACCGAUGGCGGAGCUAUCUAUCAUGGCUUCCGCCGUUUUUUCUCUAGCUCCGUUCUAUCAGGAGCAGACCGCCUGUCGAUCUUCAAAGGAGAUUUCAACAACCUUACCAGGUUAUGGUAAUAGAAGUGAGUUCUUAAAAUCAACUUCAGUGCUGGUUGGCUUUCCUCCUGUUGAAGAGAAAUUGCUUCCCAAGAACCUAUUCUCAAGAUAUAACCAGCCUCACAGAUCAAUUCCAAUGGUGGAAAAACCUGUCCUUAUAGACAUGCAAGGUUCUAUGCUUUAUCAAUAUGCUCAUCCUGAUUCGGUCCUUUUUAGCUUUGGGAUUGCUGAGCAGCCUGCUAGACAAGAAAAGAUCCUGAAGCUUCUUUUCAGCGGGUACAAUGAGGAAGACGGCAUAGACACUUCAUUGCUGUCUGAUCUUAUGGGACUUAAAACUGUGGCUAUUGACACUCGUGAUAUGUUUUCCCGUUAUGAGGUUGAAGCACACGAUUCAGAUCAUCUUCUUCGCUCAGCAAGCCAAUUUCACAUCCCAAUACCUCUUGCGGAUUGUUCGAAUGGUGCACAUAUUGCCGUACAUCCCUAUGAUAGAAUGCUGCUCUCACGUGUUGAGUCUGAGAUCAAGGAUCUACUAUCAGUUGCUUCAGAAUACAACAUAUUGAAGGGUUUUACUACAAGCAAUAAGUCGUCAAUGGUAGUCCCCUACUUUACAAGAUCUCGUGGUGGACAUGCAAGAAAUAAUAGUCAAGGAUCAGUGUUAUCAAAUCAAACGGUAGCUCCAUCAAAGAGCUCCGAAAACAUCAAACUUAAACCAUCGCCGAAGAAGAAGCAGGGCAAGAAUGCGGUGAAGGAGAGAGAUCAUCACGAGAAGAGCUACUUUCGUGCCUGCGAAAUUCUCCUCUCCGUUGUCAUCAACACGAAGAGCAGCCACACGGUUAUCCUUUCACUGAAGAAAUCGGCCCCGGAAAUAACCCAACUCCUGUCCCAAUUCUCUGCCAGCAUUGCCGGAACCGGCCUCGCCGUCCUCUUAUCGGUAGCAUGCAAGACUCCGGCUGGAAGAAUGCCGUUCAACUCAGCCAAGGUUCUGAACGUAGGAGUUGGUAUAGGAUUCUUCUGGCUUUCAUGGGCUGUCAAUGGGUUGCGAGAGACCAUUUCUGAGAUCAGCAGGAGCUCACAAAAAAUUAAACUUACAGAGGAGGAGAUAAUUGGGAGGGUGGAUGGAAGCGUGAAUGAAGUUCUUUUCAAAGCUCUGGCUUUGUUAGCCAUGGUUUUCUUGAGGUUUGCGUAGUUUUGAGGUUUUUUUCUUCUUACCUUCAAGUCCUAUAGGAUUUUUGGUGUGUAAAUUUUGAUAUUGUAUGGAUUUGAUUGUAAAUAUUUGUACAUUUUGGAAUCUAUGACUUGGAUUGUAUCUGCUCUUUUUUAUUAAGGGGCUUUUACAUGCAUACCGCACGA